AUGGCUUUCACUUUAUCCGUCGAGGAAAUGGUGAACCAUGAGAGUUGCCGCGGCGACGUUGCUGGUCCAUUGUCGAGGACAGAGAACACCGUCACCGGUGUACUCGCAAUUGUUAAUAUUGUAAUCAUGGCAAAUGAAAACGAAGGAAGUGUGAGUGACAGAGAAUUAAACCAAAGUAAUAUCAAUACAGGAGAAGGAAAUUCUCAGGAUUCCCAAGAUGAACUCGAGAAUAAUAUUCGUACUGAUGAAGAACAGAAAGAAAAGUUAGUAAAAUUACCAUUAGGUAGGAUAAAAACAAUUAUAAAGAUGGAUCCUGAAGUGAACAUGGUUAACCAAGAAGCUGUUUUUCUAAUUACAAAGUCCACGGAACUUUUUAUCGAUUCUCUUGCUAAAGAAUCUUAUAAAUAUACAGCACAAAUGAAAAAAAAGACCAUACAAAAACGGGAUGUAGAAAGUACAAUCAAUAAUGUUGAUGCACUUGUAUUUCUGGAAGGAAUGCUAAAUUAUACUUAAGCAGAUUCUAUGUCAGGAUA